CAAUCGCGCGACUCGCCCGCCUUGGCUGCAAAAGCUGUAAUCGUACGCGGUACUCACAAAGAAAGAAACAGUGCAAAAAGCUCGCUGCUGCAAUUGCCAAAUUGUUGUUAGUGCGUGUGGUCGAAAAAAUAACCAAUACACGAGUACAUAGGCAGCGUAAAGACACGGCCACAACCCAGGGUAUUACGUGUGGAGUGUCUCUGUCUCUGUGUGUUUGUGUUUAUGUGCCGCGAAACAUUCCAAGUAAAACUCAAUGGACUAAAGAUUGUGAAAUUCUCAGCCAAACAAAUGAAAUGAAAUAAACAAACAACAAAACAUAUAUAAUUUAUAUUGCUAAACCAGUCAGUGGAAAAAAUAAUAAAUAAAACACCAACCAUCUAAACAAUACAAAAUAAAAAUCAUAAUAAAAAUGCACGUGUAUUAUAAAUUUGGCUUGCUCUUGAUUUUUUUGCUCAGCGUCAGCAUCAGCCACACAUUUGCAGCUCCAGCCGCCGCUGAAGCACAGCUGAAUCCGAGCAACAGUUCGGUUGAUGAUUACAUCUACGAUGACGAUGACUACAGUGAAGAGACGGCGUCCAAGGGAUCACCGGAGACAGCUGAGAACAGACUGAUGCCAUUCACAUCUUCAACAACAACCACAACCACAUUUCGACCCACAUUUAACAUACCACGUCGCAGCAACCUGGUCCUGGAGCCCAGCUGUCCCCGGCAAUGCCGCUGCGUGGAGGACAAGUAUAUCCAGUGCUCAAAUGCGCAUCUAACCCAUGUGCCCCUGGACAUUCCUAGGACGGCGGCCAUCAUAGACUUGAGCUAUAAUGUAAUUGCCGAGCUGAGGCCAGAGGACUUUGCCAAUCUGUCCCGCCUGGUGGAAAUCAAUUUGAGCCACAAUCUGCUCAGUCAUCUGGACAAGGAGGCCUUCCAUGGCUUGGACCGUUUGAGGCGGUUGCGUUUGGCCAACAAUCGCCUAAACAAAAUCGAACCCGACACCUUUGUGGGGGCCACAGACCUGGAGCUUCUCGAUUUGAGCAACAAUUCAAUCACCCAGCGUUUGGAGGGUUCAUUUCUCAAUCAACCCGGUUUGAUCGAGUUCAGUUGCUCGAACUGCAGCUGGACGGAGCUGCCGGAGCAGACGUUCGUCAAUAUGAGUGCCCUGCAAACGCUGCGCUUGAACAACAACGAUUUCGAACAGAAAAUCAAUACGCGAGCUUUUGCACCGCUAAAAAACAUAAUUAAACUGAAACUGCCAGAACUGGACCAGGCCAACAUCGAGGAGCUGUGCAACCUGCUCAAGUCCAUUGACAACAUCAGCUUCAGGCACUUUGAUGUGAGCUGCUUCGAACUGGUGCUGGGCACAUCGUUCAACGAGAGUCUGAUCCAGGCCACAGAUCCGCCCUUCAAGCGGGUGACGGGCCUGCCCACCGCUGCCACCGCCACAGCCCGGCCAGCCGCAACCCCCGCCCCGACACGCACAGCGAAUCGCAAUCGGAAUAAAAUGGCAAACAGCACGGCGGCGGCCAUUGAAGUGGUCAAAGCUGGCAUUGGCGCAGUGACCGAGAGCAGUGGGGUCAUUGUGGAGACGACCACGGACAAGGAGAAACCCUAUCAGGUGCCCAUCUCACAGGAGACUAUCAACACGCUGCUCAUCUGCAUCAUGGUAUUGGCGGUCAUUGGCAUUGUCAUUGGCCUCAUUUGCCGCAAGGAUGUGGGCGGCAUCAAGACCAAAUGCUGCCGCACCAGCAAACCGGAGCCAAAGGAUCAGGUCCAUCCCACUGAGGAGAUACCAUUGAAUAAGCUAGCCUAAGUAGAACAUACGAACUUACCGAAUUUCUAACCAAAACAAACACGUUCCACUUUACAAGCAUUUUUUUUGCCAGAUUCUUAUAUAUGUAUAGAGCGAUAGAAUAUCUUAAUUUAUAUGGAUAAUUUAUCUGUAGAAUGCGAAAAUUAGUUAACUACUUGACGUCA